CUUCAAUCUCAUGGACCAUGACAACCCGAGUGCUGAUAAUCGUCUGUUUACCUAAAGAUUCCAUUUUGUAAUGUUUAUCUGUUGAUUUUGAGAAGUCAGACGGCAGUGCAGCACCUCACUAUGACUUCGACUCCGGUCUAUAUAUGCUCUUCAUUAAUCGUUGGCAGCGUUACCGGUUCUCCUAUCCUUAAUUUUCUCUAGCACCCGCAGCAUACAUACCAUCCAUAAUUAAAAUGAACUACCAAAACCACACCUAUCGAACUUGGAUGAGGGCUCUCAAAUACUUCGAUGACCAAGAUUUGGACAGAUCCCUCUACGUCUUCGAGAUGAUAUCCCGCUCGCCAAAGAUAUUUUUCAAUCUGGGGAUGAUCCAGACUGGCUUGGGAGAUUAUCAAUCUGCCGUCGACUGCUUCCAAGCGGCAGUCACUGAUGAAUCAGCCUCCGUCGUAGAAUACUUCCAACUUGGGGCCAUCCUCUUUUCCCUUGAAGAAUACGAAUCUGCCCACAAGAAUUUCUCGAUAGCUUUCUUGCUCAUGGGUGACCGCUCUCGUAUUGAUUGCCAAGAAGCAGGCCUGAACUAUUGUUUAUAUUCUUGCGAGAUACUGUUCAAUCGUGCUAUGUGCCUCCUGCAUUUGGGAAAGUUUGACGAAGGUACAGAAACUUUGUCAGAUGCUCGAGAGAAACAAGAAUAUCCAUCACAGAUUCCUUGUUCCUUGGAGGUCUUCAGUAUGCCAGCUUUACGCGAAGACGGCAGUUACGGCUCACCGAGGAGGGCGGAUUACUGGACGGUCUUCCAGGUCCCCAACGGGACUCUCUACUGUCCGGUACCACGGGCUGCAGACAGGAUGUCGCAGUCCUCAGACUAUAAGCUUGAAAGCAUUCCUUCCAGUCCGACCGAGUCUAUGCCAUCCAUCACCGGGGAAUCUUCGUCGAGCGAAAGCCACAGCAGUGCUCGAAAAUCUCCCUUCAAACUCUUCAAAAUCGUCAAGCGGCGCUCGCCCCACCUCUUCAAGUAAAAAUAAAUUAUACACCGGCUCCAUCCCUACUCCAACAGUAGCUUCCAUGUGUAAAUAAAUCAUCUGUAUGUUGUACAAUCCCCCCCCUCCUCCCACCAAAAUGACCAUCUCUUGGGCAGACGGUUUCUAUAUACCACAUCAUGCUUCUCCGUUGGGCAACACUGCCAUCCCUUUCGUAGCUACAACGACUAAGAAUACCAAACAGUCUCCCGAAAUAUGUACGAAGAAAUGACGACUUUGCUUCCAAUCCGUCGUCUUUUAACCUGUGCUCUUUCUUCUCGUUGUUUCUGUUUCAUUCACAUGCCUCGUGCCCUUUUCUAUCUGGCUGUUGUGUUUCGUAUGUUGCCUUUUUUUUUCGGUGUAAGAAGAGAAAGAUGCUUAUUUUAUUCGGAAUGACAACAAGAUCAUGAAAACGAAAUUUGCAGGAAAUAUCAUGU